AUGGCGCAUAUCUGUGGAUCGGCAGCAGUUUCACCGCCAGCCGUCUAUGCCCCACCAAGCUGUCAUUUAGUUCCAAAGGGCUCCGUUUCGGUCCCUUCAGUUUCCAUGUCGGGCAUCAGGCGGGUUCCGUCUCAUCGUAAUUCCGUCGCCACCUCACCGCUGCGCUGUUCUUUUCUUCAAUCGUCAAUUCCUCUACGACCUCAGCCGAAUAAUUCCACGACGUCGCGACGCUUUGUCGUAUCGGCAGCGGGAAAGCAGACGUUCUCUUCGUUCGAUGACAUGAUUCAAACGGCGGACGUGGUUCUUGUUGACUUCUAUGCCACAUGGUGUGGCCCCUGCCAAAUUGUGGCGAAGACUUUGGAACAAGUGUCUGCUCAAGUUGGCGAUUCCGUCAAAAUCGUGAAGAUUGACACGGAGAAGUACCCUAAGCUGGCAUCGCGGUAUGGAAUCCAGGGCCUGCCUACUUUGAUACUUUUCCGGAAAGGACAAGUUAUUGAUCGUGUGGAGGGAGCAUUGUCGGCACAAGACCUUAUUAUGAGGAUGAACUACAUGCACACAAUGCCUCGUCUCUACCACCGCUAUCAGCUUGCGCUGCACAUCAAAAGGGUCAUCUGCGCCCACCAUGUUGCUCACCCGCUGCUCCGCCAUGUGGAUCUCGCGCGUUGGUGUUUCACGCGCUUUGGGGUACGCCCCGACCGAUCCACCAUCGGCCGCGUGUUGAAGGGCGCCAAACGAUGGCGCAUCCCGGACGACGCUGUUGACGCUAUUCGUGUGCGUGGCGGCGCGUACCCGGACCUGGAGCGCGCAAUGGCACGUUGGAUUGCCAAUGCGGGUCCCGCUGGCGUUCCGCUGACAUUGGCCACAAUCCGCGACCAUGUUGCUACCAUGGCACGUGCGAAUGGUGUGCCAGCGACAUUUCGCUGCUCUAUUGGAUGGGUGCGGCGUGCUUUGCGCCGCCAAGGAGUAAGGUGCAUGAGCGCUGUCGGCGAAGCGGCAGACCAGGACAUGAACGCCGUCCGCAACGCUCGGGAGAAGCUCCCGCAGCUUCUCAUGCAACUCGGCGUACGCCCGCGUGAUAUGUUCAACUUCGACGAGACGGCGCUUUUCAUCUCCGUUCUGCCGCGCAAAACAUACGGCACUGGCAGGUCGGCGGGGCGGAAGGCGCCGAAGGAACGACUUACCGUCAGAUUCCUGGUGAACGCGGAGGGCUCGCACGCCUUCCGCCCGCUCGUCAUCUCCAAGGCGAAACGGCCCCACGAUUUCCGGCCGGACUAUAAUCCAGAGGAGUUGUGCUACUGGCGCAACACCGCCAAAGGUUGGAUGACUUCCUCGCUAUUCACGCACUACAUCGAACAACUCGACGCUGCCAUGAACGCAGAGGGCCGCAACAUUGUUGUCCUGCUCUACAACGCCAGCAGCCACAAUCUGACAACCGAGGGCGGCGUGACCGAAGAUCUCUUCGGGUUCCGUACGCGUGCGCUCAAGAACGUGCGCCUGGUGUUCAUGCCUCCUAACACCACCUGCUUCAUUCAGCCCCUUGACCAGGGGCUCAUCGCCAUGGCAAAAGCGUGGUACCGCCAGCAUUGGCUCCGCGCCUUCACGGGCAUAUGGACUGCCGAAGGCGCCACCUCCGCGGCAGCUAGGUUCAAGCCGAACCUCCGAGUUGGCGGUGGCCCCACUGCCGGAGGUGACAUCGGCCUGGACGAUGACGUCAACGACGUGGGUAGCCUGAUUGCCCGGCUCGGACUCGGGCCCAGCGCGAUGCCCGCUCAGGAGUUUGUCGGCAUCGAUGAUAACCAGCCGACGUGCGCCGAGCCCGGUGAGGAUCCGUUGGCGAUCGAGCCGCGAUCGGAGCCGACGACGGAGAUGUGGGAGGCGACUGCGUCGAUGCAGCUGGUCUACGACGACAGCAACCCUGCGAAGCGCGAAGCACGUCGCACCGCUCAGGCCGCGUGCGAAAUGCUCAUUAACUACGCGCGCGCGACAUGCAUCACGCCGCGGGACCUGUGCGCACUGUUUGACAUUCGUAACCCGAUCAUCAUCGCGCGGAUGGAGCGCGCAAGCCCUGCUCUCAACCUUAACGCGUCUUCGCCACCCGCCAUGUCGCACGAGGACAACCCAACGGCAGAGACUCCACGUCGCCGUGGUCGCGUGCUGCCGGCGUGGAUGACGGUGUCGACCCCUGACUGGGUGGCCCAGUCUGCUCGCCGGCAAGAGCUUAUCGAUGCCGAGGCUCCCGCCGUGAUGAGCGGCUACUUGGCUGCCGCUGAGUGGAUGCGGCUGUGA